AUGUCCCUGUACACGAGCUACUACACCCGGCAGCUGGCCCUGCGCCCGGAGGCCAUCUCCACCCCGGAGGUUGUGGAUGGGAAGAAGGUGCAGCAGGCUGCCGUCCCCCGGCGCACGGUGGACGCGACCGGGCCCUACGUCCAGUGGCUCCAGACACGUGCCCUGCGUGGCCAAGACGCGCGCAGCUGGCCCGACCUCCUGCCAGGCCCCGUGGGCGCGCUGGGCAUGCUCCCCCCCGCAGCCAUGCUGCACCAGCCCGUGAGCGGCGCCGCCACCAAGUUUGCGGGACAGGCGCCUAGCAAGACGCGGAGCAGCGUGAACGUGGUGUGCUGGACGCCCGAUGGCCGGCGCUGCCUGUCCGGCACCCAGGCCGGGGAAUUCACGAUGUGGGACGGCGCCUCCUUCCAGUUCGAAUCCAUCCUGCAGGCUCAUGAGGGGCCGGUACGCGCCAUGACCUACACCCGCAGCGGCACCUUCCUGGUCUCGGGCGACGACGGCGGCGUGGUCCGCUUCUGGAAGACCAACCUGGAGCUGGUCAAGUCGGUGCAGGCGCACGGCGAGUCGCUGCGGGGCCUGGCCUUCGCGCCCUCCGACCUCAAGUUCGCCACCGCCUCCGACGACGGCACGGUGCGGGUCUGGGACUUUGCGCGGGUGGCCGCCGAGCAGGUGCUGGCGGGGCACGGCGGCGACGUGCGCUGCGUGGACUGGAACCCGCGCUCCUCCCAGCUCGUGUCGGGGAGCAAGGACGGGCUGCUCAAGCUGUGGUGCCCUCGCGCGGGGCGGUGCAUUGCCACUCUGCACGGCCACCGCGCGACGGUGAUGCAGGCCGCCUGGAACGCCAACGGGCACUGGGUGCUGUCCGCCAGCCGCGACGCCUCCUGCGCCGUGCACGACAUGCGCAUGCGCCGCGCGCUGGCCUCCUUCCGCGGGCCCUCCAAGGACGUGGUCUGCGCCGCCUGGCACCCCAUCCACGAGGACCUGUUUGUGGCGGGCGGGAACAACGGCUCCCUCCUCUACUGGCUGGCCUCACGGCCCGAGGCGCCGGUGGGCGCUGUGCCCGCUGCGCACGAGGGCACGGUUUGGAGCCUGGGCUGGCACCCGGUGGGGCACCUGCUGGCCAGUGGCGGCGGCGACUUUGCCACCAAGUUCUGGUGCAGGUAG